AUGGGAGGGUGCCAGUUCAAAUUCAACGAAGACGAAGACGAGAUCAACCAGGUUGAGGUUUUUGACCCAAAUACUCAAACUUGGGAAGUUGGGCCAUUAGGUCCUCAUGGGGAAAUCACAUACGGGAAAGGAUAUAAGUGGAAUCAAUUUCGUGAAGCCGUGGCCCUAGAUGGAAUGGUUUAUGGUAUGAGUUUUCUUGCAGGUUAUCACACAAUCUACGACACAAAGGAUGGUACAUGUGAGAAUCUUGAGAUAUCGCAUGAAUAUACAAUGAAGAUAAGUAAAGCGUGUGUGGUAAACAGUUUGAUCUAUGUUUUUUACCAUGAGUUUGGGUUAAUGUGGUAUGACUCGAAAGAGAAGAUAUGGAAAAGGGUUAAAGGUUUGCGUUGUGAUGUGGGGCGGCACCAUGUGGUGGAAUGCAACGGGAAACUUGCGUUGCUGUGGGAAGACAGCGAAGAGAAGAUUUGGUGUGCCAUGAUCGCCAUGGAUAAGGUUGGAGUCGAGAUCCAUGGAAGGGUCGAGUGGAGUGAGUUCGUUGGAUAUGCCCAUCGUUAUUCCUACUGGUCUUGUCUAGGACUUUCAUUAUAA